UGUCCGCACCACUCCACUGCGCUUCAUUGGUGUGUCUGCUCAAUGAAAGCAGUGUCUCUUUAGUGAGAGAAUGGAGCAGGAAGCUUUGCCAUUGAUGAGAGAGUUAGGCUUGACAAAUCAGGAUAUUGUUUUCUUGGGAGACGUACGAGUGACGCAAGAAGAUGAACUGGGUCGUGGCUCCGAUGCCGCCGUGUAUCGGCUGAACUGGCAGGGAAUAGAUAUCGCCCUGAAAGUUCUGCAUCCCAUUUUGGUUGAGCCUGGUGUUCAGGACCGAGAGAGGAAAAUUAUAUCGUUUGGGCAAGAGGUCUUUCGUCUCAGUCGUACCCACCACCCCAAUCUUUGUCAAUUGCUGGGCAUUGCUAGAGUUGGGCGAAACGCUGCUCUCGCGUUGGAGUUGCUGACUUCUACGUUGGAAGAGUUGAGUAUUGGUGAGGAUCGGGAGGAUGGCUUGAUGCUGAUCGGCUACCUCUGCGACACGUCGGCCGGUAUCCGAUACCUGCACGUUCGUGGUAUUAUCCACCGGGACCUCGCACCGAAAAAUGUGAUGAUCAAGAACGGAGUCGCAAAGGUGUGUGAUUUCGGUGUUGCGAAGUUCGUACGUUUGGCAUCCCCUCGUCAACAGCAGCAACAGUUCCAGGCGGCUCGAAUGGUCAUGACUCGUUGCCCCGGGACGUUGGCUUUUAUGCCGCCGGAAGCCAUGGUAGAGCAACCUGACUAUGAUCGUCCGCUGGAUAUCUUCUCGUUGGGAGUUACGCUACUGGCUGUUAUCACCGGUGUUCUGCCUGGGAUCGACCUGAUCAACGCUCCGUCCGUUGUAAUCGUCCGCGACGCCGCCAGUGGACAGGAAGCGACGCAGGUGGUGGCAGAGACAAGGCGGCGAGCUGCUUAUCUUCGGCGACUCCCUGAUGACCACCCACUGAAGCCGCUGGCAAUUCGCUGCCACUCCAAUGAACCGAGCGAGCGACCGACCGCCGAGGAAGUACACGAGGAGAUGAAGCGAGUGUUGCAGCUGUUCACCAGUCUCUCGUCGCCUCAUCUUUCCAAUGUACCACCAGCUGUUGUACGUCGACUGGACUCUAUCUCCGAACAGCUAACCCAGCAAGCUACGUCCAUCACUGCAUUGUCGGCACGCAGUGAUACGCUAGAGGAACAGCUUGCAGAGGCCAUUACCAACAACCAGACCGUAACACAACAACAACUGACUGCUACUCAGCAACAACUUACGGCCAUCACCAACAACCAGAAUACAACACAACAACAACUGACUGCUACUCAGCAAGAAGUAUCCACUUUACGCAACGAACAAACCACCACUAGUCGCCAAGUGACCGACCGGCUGAAUGGUACAAACCGACGGCUCGACGAACAGACAACAACAAUAGCUGACCAGCACACACAAACGUCCCGACACAUCUCGUCACUGAGUGACCAAGUGUCGUCGGUAUCUAACCAGCUGUCAGCAAUGUCUUCUUCAACUCAUCAGCCUCAUCUUUCCAACGUACUACCAGCUGUUGUACGGCGACUGGACUCUAUCUCUGAACAGCUAACCCAGCAAGCUACAUCCGUCACUGCAUUGUCGGCGCGGAGUGAUACGCUAGAAGAACCCAUUACCAACAACCAGACAACAACACCAGAACAAUUGACCGCAACACGGCAACAACUGACUGCAGCGCAGCAACAACAACUAGCUGCAACAGACGAGGAAGUGACUCAGCAGGCUGAACCUUCGGUAGCUGCAAGCACAACCAAAUCAGCGGCUGUUGUAUUGAUGGUGGUCAUUGUCCUCGGAGCUCUUUCAUACGUGCUGUGGACAGUUCUAUUGAGUCAGGCCAACGGCACUACAGUUGCAAGCUCAACUCAAUCCGCUGUGGAUGGACGAUGCCAUGUCUUUCCUUUCAUGCACCUACCAAGGCAGAUUUCAAAGAUCAAGCGAAGCAAGAAGGCCAAAGCUACUACAGUUGCAAGCUCAUCUGAAUCCGCCUCGGGUGGGACACCAAGGCAGAUUUCAAAGACCAAGCCAACUGAAAAGGUAUUGUCUUGUUUCAUGUUGAGUCUCUCCAUGUUCCUUUUGAUUCUGUCUCCCCACUCCCUGGGAGACCCAUGUGACCAGUUUUGUCAGUUUACAAGUAUACGUACAACAUCAGUAGAAGUUAAAUUGUGUUUGUGUGUGUGUGUGUGUAUGUGUGUGUGUGUGUGUGUGUGUGUGUGUGUGUGUGUGUGUGUGUGUAUGUGUUUGUGUGUGUGUAUGUGUGUGUGUGUGUGUGUGUGUAUGUGUGUGUGUUUGUGUGUGUGUAUGUGUGUGUGUGUAUGUGUGUGUGUGUGUGUGUGUGUGUGUGUGUGUGUGUGUGUGUGUGUGUGUGUGUGUGUAUGUGUGUUUGAAAUAUAUUAUUCUCACGAUGGCCUGUGGCCAAUAAGAGAAAAGGAAUUGCAGGCACGGGGAUUGGCCGUUGUUGAGGUGAGGUUGGAUGUGCUUGGAGAUCCGGUCAGCAACUAUCCUCUCUUGCACUAUCGACGUCACGCUGAGCAGCGAUAUCGGUCGUUAGUUGGAGGGCUCGGUUUUGCUGCCCAUCUUGUGGAUGGGGGUGACUGUUGCGUCCCUCCACUCUUGCAGAAUAGUGCAACGUUCGAAGAAGAUGUUGAAAAGGGUUACUAGGGACGGCGCAAGUGAACUGGCUGCCUCUUUCAGUAGGCGGGCUGGUACAUCUGUGUUUUUUUGUAUUUGUAGAGGUCGGUUGCACUUUUCUGGGCUCUGACCAAAAUAGAAGGAUAACUAUGUUUGCAGCCACGGCCGUGUAGUGUAGACUAGGCCAUAUUAGCUGCAGCAUGUCCCAGUAGAUUUGUGUUAUGCUGGAACUACAGUGCUGGCAUCUGAAAUCCGACCCCCUGAGCGGAGGGUUCACAUUUUAGCGGUCUCUGUUUCGUAGCUUUACCAUCCCGUGUUGUAUCUUUGCGAUGUAAGCGCACCGCUCAGGGGGUCGUAUUUCAGUUACCAGCACUGUUGGUACC